AUGGCAUGGGAAAUUCGGAAUCUUAUCCAGUCCCGGGUACCGAGGUCUAAGCUACUACUUCUCUGUCUGAUCACUUUCAAGUUGCACUUACAAUUCACAUCUCUUCCAGAUCUGAACCCAACCGAUUUGGUUUAUUCUCAAACAGAAAUACCUUCACACGAAUUUUCCUUCAAUCCAUCAAAUUUGUCUGACUCCGUUGCGGAUAUCUUCGCUUCCAUCCUCGCUCCAAAGACUAUUGAGGUUCAGGUUGCCGAUCACAAUAGCAUCCACCCAAGAAUCUAUCUCCCCAAGCCCGACGCAAACAAGAUCGUCAGACAGACCACAACUCCUGUUGGCUCCUAUUUCUCCCUUUUCCGAGUCACUGAACUAGUAUCAGUUGAAUGGACAAAAGAAGGCAGUCUUGAAAACGAGAGCUAUGCCAUCAAAAUAGAAAAACGGCCUAUUCAAACUGGCUUGACAGUCACCAGUGGCAAGGCAAACGCGGACAGUGUCUCCGGCAGCUCAAGUUUUGCAGGCUGGGAGUUCUCAUACUCUGCGGACGGAAAGAAGGAGACAAAGGCCUUCAAUAUCGUCGAGACCUCAUCUGUGCAGACUAAGGAAGUUGAAUCUGAGGUUCCUCCUCACUCCAGUGUCUUCGUCUACAGGAAGAAAUUUACUUUCCGGUGCAAAGCUUGA